UGGAACGCCGCUGCACUUCGGAGCGCUCGCGGUCUCCCGCGGCGCCGAGGCGGGGCGCGAGCGGGGGCUCCCGGGGACCGGCUGCUCCAGCGGGACGGGAGUUGCUCCUCUGAGUCCCACCGGCGGGGCCCUGCGGGGUUUCGGAGAGCGAUCGGCUCGGUGUCCGCAGUUCGAUGGUUUGUUCCGACCGAGAUGAGCCGCCCGUCCUCCGCCGGACCCAGUGCUAACAAACCUUGCGGCAAGCAGCAGCAGCACAGUCCGUCCGCGGCUGCUGCGCCCGCCGCCGCCGCCAAUCCCGCCGCCGCCACCAUCUCAGCCGCCGGAGCCGGCUCCUCCGCGGUUCCCGCCGCGGCCGCUGUGAUCUCAAGCCCUGGAGGAGGCGAAGGGAGCGGGGGGCCCGUCUCGCCGCAGCACCACGAGCUGACCUCGCUUUUCGAGUGCCCGGUUUGCUUCGACUAUGUGCUGCCCCCGAUCCUGCAGUGCCAGGCCGGGCACCUAGUGUGCAACCAAUGCCGGCAGAAGCUGAGCUGCUGCCCCACGUGCAGGGGAUCCCUGACCCCCAGCAUCAGGAACCUGGCCAUGGAGAAAGUAGCCUCGGCCGUCCUUUUCCCUUGCAAGUAUGCCACCACAGGCUGCUCCCUGACACUUCAUCAUACAGAAAAGCCAGACCACGAAGAUGUUUGUGAGUACCGCCCAUACUCCUGCCCAUGUCCUGGUGCCUCUUGCAAAUGGCAGGGCUCAUUGGAAGCUGUCAUGUCGCACCUCAUGCACGCUCACAAGAGCAUCACAACUCUUCAAGGAGAAGACAUUGUCUUCCUCGCCACGGAUAUUAACUUGCCUGGGGCAGUUGACUGGGUGAUGAUGCAGUCCUGCUUCGGCCAUCACUUCAUGCUGGUGUUAGAAAAACAGGAGAAGUACGAGGGUCAUCAACAGUUCUUCGCCAUCGUCUUGCUGAUUGGCACCCGCAAGCAAGCAGAAAACUUUGCAUACAGACUUGAACUGAACGGCAACCGGCGGAGGCUGACUUGGGAGGCUACCCCGCGGUCCAUCCAUGAUGGUGUGGCAGCAGCCAUCAUGAACAGUGACUGUCUUGUUUUCGACACUGCCAUUGCACACCUUUUUGCAGACAAUGGAAACCUUGGAAUCAAUGUGACUAUUUCUACAUGUUGUCCGUGAUGUUUCUGUGUAACUAGUGAGACCACAUGCUUGUCUGGACAUAGUGCUUUUAUGUUUUACUGGAUUAUUUAUUUUAAAACAUGGUAUUCUACCAUAACCCCGUCUGCUUGUUUCCUCUCACACAGUGUACCAUCACAUGAGGGACAACAGGGUUGUGUCUACUGGUGCCCUUUUGGUGGCACAUCUGUAGAAGGGAAUCCACCUUACGCAUGUAGGUGCCCUCCUUGACACGUAACCCUGCGUGAUUGCUAAUUGUGUGAGGAGGGACACCCUGACAGGACUUAAGCCUUCAUAAGUAAUACAAUUUUUACUUAGCCUACCAUUUUGUAAUUCUCUCCCCCCACCCCCACCUGCUGACCUUCUUGGGAAUUUUAAAACCAUGGUUAACAGGACAGCUAAAGAAAGGCAGGAUGAGUUAGUCCUGUUGAUCUGAAAAGAAGGGAAGAGUUAUAUUUUGAAAACAUGCCAUUAGAGGGGGAACAAUUCUGUUUUCUUGGAAAGCAAAAGUUUAUUAGAAAUACAGAUUUGGAAAAGUAGGGGAUGGGGUGUACAACAGAGAUAGACCUCUUGUGCUAAAAGAGGCAGCUUACACAUUCGGAAGAAUGAGGUGGCAAAGUCCUUUGGUGUUAAAAUGGACUGUACUGCUUAUGAUUAUCUCUGUAUAAGUGAAAACAUAGUACAUCAGAUGGAGAGGUUCUAGCUUGUGUCCUUCCUGCUGCAGUAGUCUUUUUAUGGUUUUUUUGUUUUAAUGUGAGGGAACUUGGAAAAAAUAAUCAUUUACUAAAAGCAGUUCACUCCAUUUCUACUACCUCAGAACUCUCCUAGCUCAUUCUGUGGCGUUGAUAGGCAAACUGCUUAAAACGCUUCUAAGGUGAAAAGGGUGCUUGGUAAUCUCUGAGACUGGCCUUGUAACACAACAAAACAAAAAGGAAAAUGCAGACCAGAGAUUAGAAACUGUCCCAUCAAAAUUUUGGCCUACAGCUUCCAUCAGCCUCAGCUAGAGUGACCAUCAGUAAGGGAUGAUGAACAUUUUAUUGGCCAAAAGACCUGGAAGGCCACAGGUUGCCCACCUGAUGCAGAGUAUUGGACUGGGGACGGAUUUGCUUUAUUUCUUUUUAGAUGUUUGAGGACUUUGAAAAGUUAACUAUUACAUAGUUUCACAGCAAAAGAAAGAAGGUAUUUUGUCGACUUGUUGCUCUUGCUGUGGUUUUAUUGAAUACAGAGAAUUGCCCUUCGAUAGAAGAGAGUUCUGUAUAAUUGCAAAAAUUCUGACCCUCUUGAAUAUCCAUUUAUUUCAGCAAGAGCUGAGAAGCUCCACAUUUUGCUCAGUUUGCUGCUUAGGUUACAGGAUGGCAAAAACCACAAUGUGUUUGAACAGUUAAAAGUAGGCCCCAUCUAUAAAUACAUCUGGGUUGUUUACAUGUGGCUUCCCCUUUCGGAAGACAUACUUAACAUACUUGAUAUUAACAUUGUAACGACUGACUUAGAAUAACAUGAGGAAAAGCGAUAUGGUGGUUGUCUUGUCUUCUGCUAUUUAAGUUUUUUUGUUGUUGUUGCCACAUUUACUCUAGUUUUCUAAAUAAAUAUUUUGCAAAAAUA